AUGCGUGUCAUACUCACCCACCCCACCACUCAUCAAUACCCUGAAUGGCAGAAGAAGCUGUCAAGCCACAAGGUCGCUCAGUUGCCCUGGGAUCCCCAACCAAUCCCAAUUAAGGAGCAAACCCUCCCCAGUAAUGCUAAGCCUGUCCCUCAAACUCUUCCUAGCAACGCCAACGCCAUAAACACCGCUCCACAACCACCGGCUCCCUCAGCUCCACCUCUCAAAGCUGAGAGUAGUACAGCUUUUCCGUCCCAGCUUCCACCUCCACCAAACUACCAGGUGCCAUCAUUUCCUCAAGGGCAGCCUUUGACAGCGAGAGAGCGGGCAGCUCAGAACCUGCACGACAAUUUUGGCCAUCGUGCUGGUGCCCAGAUUGCCCAGUUACAGUCAAACCAAUCUCGUGCUCCACUCCAACCCGCCGGCAGUCCAACGAACAGCUUUAUCAAGCAGGAAGACAGCCAAGGAUCGCUUUCAGGAGUCCAAGACUACCAUGGUGGCGUACCACAACAGUCUGCUGCUCCUAUUAGAACGAGUCAAACAGAUGGAGCCAGCGAAGAGCGUGAUGGAUGGACAGCAGAAUACGCUAGACGCAAAGCAUUAGCUAGUAGCCAUGGCGCCGAAGGUGAUCGCCUAAUGAAGGCCCAAUUUAUGGCCAAGCACCAGGAACUUCAGGCCGGUGGACUACUAUUGAGCCUAGACGAGCACAAUACUUUGAAUACAAAGAUACUACGUCGGGUCAAUGAUCUACCAGGCAACGCAUCAGCCAGCCGUCGCUCGACACAGCUUCCAAGCAUUGCACGUGCUCAAGGUGAUGCCGCCGGAGACGACGAUGACGAGAUUGAGGAUGAAGAUGCGAUCAAUUCCGACCUUGACGAUCCCGACGAUCUGGGAGCAAACGAGGAAGACGGCGAAAAUACUGAUCAGGUCAUGCUUUGCACAUAUGACAAGGUCCAACGGGUCAAGAACAAGUGGAAGUGCACAUUGAAGGAUGGAGUCCUCCGCGUCGAAGGCAAUGAAUAUGUUUUCCACAAAGGCCAAGGUGAAUUUGAAUGGUGA